CGAAAAUCGAAAUUUAGUUCUAAAUUAACUAUAUAAUAUAUAAGUCAAAUAUAUUCAUAUCUACUUUAAAUAAUAUAUUAUAUCUAUGAUAAAGGAAAAAUAGCAUUGUACAUCUAAAUCAAAAAUAAAAUGUUUGGUUGCGACCCGAAAAGUUAUGAUUUAAAAGUAGAACUAGCAAAGUGUUGUAACAACAUAGGAACUGUUUUUUUGGCCCGACAUAUACCAAAUGGGGAAUAUGUAGCAGUUAAAAAAUAUCGAAUUGAUUUUGCAAGAGAAGAAAGUAAUCUAAUAAGAGAUGAAAUAUUAAUUAUGCGUCAAUUUAAUCACCCAAAUAUUUUAUCAUUUUACACUGCAUUUGUUUAUGAUUUCGAAGUUUAUGUAAUAUCACCACUUAUGUGUUUUGGAAGUUGUAAGGAUACAAUAGCAAAUUGCUUUCAAACUGGAAUACCAGAAAUAAUUAUAUCUUUAAUUUUGCGUGAUAUACUUUUAGGUUUAGAAUAUCUCCACCAAAAAGGGUUCAUACAUCGCGCUAUUAGAGCUAGUCAUAUAUUAUUGAAUAAAACGAGAGCACUCAUAACUGGUUUUCGUGAAUGUACAAAUAUCGUCAGUCAUGGCGAGCGCACUAAAAUUUUACAUAACUUAGCACCUUAUAGUAAAAAGUCACUGAACUGGUUAGCCCCAGAAGUGCUGGAGCAAAAUUUAUUAGGAUAUACAGAAAAGUCAGAUGUGUAUAGCGUAGGAAUCACGGCCUGUGAAUUAGCAAAUGGGGUGGAGCCUUUUGCUGACAUGAAAUCAACUUUUAUGCUUACAGAAAAAAUAAGAGGUAGUCCAAUAACUCUUCUUGAUAAUUCAACAUGUCCUACUGAAGAAUUAAUCGCACAACAAUGUGGAACUGGAAUUGAUUCUAUCGCUGUGAAAACGAGGCAGAUAUAUGGGCAAAGGCAAUUUUCGGAACCCUUUCAUAAAUUCACAGAAUUAUGCACAGAACGUUUCCCAAAUGACCGACCACCAAUUACGCAACUUUUGAACCAUUCUUUUUUUAAACAAUGUAAAAACACAUGUCUUUACGAACAAUUGAAAACUUUUGGUGUUGAGGUUGCUGAUUAUGAAAAUCUUAGAGAUGAAACAAUUGGUUUGUCAUGUGAAAUAAACGAAAUGUGCUUAAAUGAUAAUUUCGAUUGGGAUUUUUAAAAAUAUAAAAUAUCUAUGGAUAUGAGUUUAAAAUAAUAUAGGAUUGUUCAUUUAAUAAUCUACUUCUGAGUGAACAAUUUUAAGAAUAAAUACCUACUACUUUUCGAAAAAAUUUCUUUAGCUACUGAAAAAUUAUUACUUUAUUUUGUAGAUAUUUUAAAACUAGAUUC